AUGUCAAUGUCGGUGCCAGUGCACACCAACACGGCGACCCAACAACAACAACAACACCAGCGCCAUCACUAUCCAAGUCAGCCUUCUGCUAUUACUCAAAGACUUGACGCAGCAAAUGAGCAAUCAUGGAUCAAACUAGGCAAUCUCGCUGAACUCAUGACCGAUUGGGAACGCGCCAUGGGAUUAUACGAAUGCGCUUUGCGACACAAUCCAUAUUCCAUCAAUGCUUUAUCAUCCAUCGCUUCAUUGUGUCGUGCCAGGGAGCAAUUUGGAAAGGCAAUCGAAUACUUUAAACGGAUCCUUGCUAUCCAAGAAAAGAACGGGGAGAUAUGGAGCCCGCUUGGUCAUUGCUAUCUCAUGAUGGAUAACCUGCAGGAUGCUUAUCACGCUUAUCAACAAGCACUGUACCACCUUCCAAACCCAAAGGAUCCAAAACUAUGGUAUGGGAUAGGCAUCUUGUACGAUCGAUAUGGUUCUAUUGAACACGCUGAAGAGGCUUUCUCGGCUGUCAUGAAGAUGGAUCCACAUUUUGAAAAGACAAAUGAGAUCUACUUUCGGUUGGGAAUCAUUUACAAGCAACAGCAAAAAUAUGACAUGAGUUUGCAGUGUUUUCGUUACAUUUUGCAUAAUCCACCACCUCCAUUGACAGAGGUCGACAUUUGGUUCCAGACUGGUCACGUCUAUGAGCAACAAAAAGAAUAUGAAAAAGCAAAGGAUGCAUACGAAUGCGUGUUGGCCAAUAACCCGGACCAUGCCAAGGUGCUGCAACAAUUGGGAUGGCUCUAUCAUCAACCGAACACGACUUUUUCCAGUCAAUCUCAGGCCAUCAAUUUCUUAACACGCUCACUCAAAGCUGAUGGUGGUGAUGCUCAAUCGUGGUAUCUUCUUGGACGUUGUUACAUGGCUGAACAAAAUCACAAUCGAGCCUAUGAGGCGUAUCAGCAAGCUGUUUAUCGUGAUGCACGUAAUCCUACCUUUUGGUGCUCCAUUGGUGUGCUUUAUUAUCAAAUUAAUCAGUAUCGCGAUGCAUUGGAUGCCUACAGUCGAGCAAUACGGCUGAAUCCUUACAUCAGCGAGGUGUGGUACGACCUUGGCACGCUUUAUGAAUCAUGCAGUAACCAAACCCAAGACGCUCUCGACGCUUAUCAACGUGCAGCAGAGUUGGAUCCAUCAAAUUCGCAUAUCCAUCAACGGCUUGAAUUACUGCGCAAGGCACAAGGUGCUUCAAGUGGUGGGCUUGUCACAACACCUGUGCCACAAGAUGUCAACAAUCCUUACCAAUACGUAUCUGGUAUUCCACCACGAACAACCCACCCUUUAGUUACUGGAUCACAACAACUUUCAAUCUCACAAUUACCAUCGCAUGGACUACGCAAAGCAACAUCCAACAACAAUGACCCUGCAAGACAGCUUCCAGCCUUGCAACAAGGAGAUCGGCAGGUCGCUGAAGCUAAUGAAUCUCGUGAUCAACAACAUCGACCUUAUCACAUGUCAUCAUCACCUCCUGCAAAGCUUGAUGUGUCUUCUCCAAAAUCACCCGUCAUUCGUUCAUUGCACAAUAACAACAACGUGGAUGAUCAUCGUUUGCCUGAAAUGAACAAUGCUACACGACACCCACCAUCCAUCAAAUUGAAUGCGCCUUCAAACACCAAUACCAGCAGCAGUGCAGAUAGUAUCGAUGAUGAUGCUGCAGCUGAUACAUUGAUUAGCCUUGCCCGAAAACGUCCCGAAAAGAGAAUGUCAAGUGAUGUUGAUGAUGAUAAUGAACCUGGAAAACGACUCAAGCCAUCUCCCGUGGAUACAAGCUCACGUACUGCUACAUCUGCAACUGCUUAUGAAUCAUCCACUUCACCUAGCGAACCACAAUCACCACCUCAUCAAUCACAGCAACAUUCGACAUCAAUGCCACAUCCAACACAAACAACAACAUCGACCGCCACGUUUCCAAACAACAAACCUACAACAAAGGAGGAAGCGGACCAUCGUCAAUUAUCACCCAAACAUGUAACAACAAUUACUGCUAAUAACAUCGUUGAUCAAAAACCCACUUGUGAUACACCUACUGCUUCACAAUCAUCGAGAUGA